AUGUUUGUACCUCACUUGGUGGAUACUGAAGAGAAAAACAGACGUAGAUUUAUUUAUGGUCUGAAUGCUGUGUAUCAGAGGCAUAUUGUUGCAAAUCAUAUGAUUGACACAUAUGUUAGGCCUGUUGAAUGUGCCAGAGAGCUUGAGCAAGAUUUCUUAGCUCAUAAGAGGGAUGAGGAAUACUUGAAGAAGGACAAUAAGGUUGAUCGUGCGUCAAAGGUUUCUUCAGGUCAACAUGGAAGUGGUAAGAACCAGCAUACCCAGAAUGUCACUCAAAAAGGUGAUCAUCCAGGGAAGAAAAGAAAGGGGUAUUGGAAUCAAGGGAACCGUGGUCAGAAGAACGGUGAUAAUGAAGGGGAAGUAGUGGCAGCUGAGGGCGAGACUCUUGCUGCCAAACCAAUUAACUUCUAUGGGUUUUGCUAUAACUGUCGUGAAAGGGGGCACAAGGCAUCAGAAUGUACCAAAGAGAAAGUUCAGACAACAGAUAUACGUGAGCAACCAAACACUGGGGUUGCAAACCGUAAUGUGCAGCCUCGUGGGCAGGGUCAACUCUUUGUUGUGCAACCUUCUGAGAUGGAGAAUGCUACUUUGGGAGGUACUUUCUUUAUUUUAGGAGAGCCUGUUAGUAUUUUAUUUGAUACCGGAGCUACUCAUUCUUUUAUUUCAGCUAAGUUAGUUCGCAUGGUAAAUCUUUCUAUGAAAGUGUGUGAUAUUCCAUUAUGUGUUUCCACCCCUACUAGUAGUAUGGUAGAGUUGAGUAACAAGGUCGAUGCUUGUCCUAUUAUGAUUGGUGACGUUGAGCACUUGCCGGAUCUUUAUGUGUUAGAGAUGGUUCCUUACGAUACUACAUCUCGAAGUCUGUUUGUAGAAGCUUUCCUUAGCCAUAAUGAGGGUAGAUUAGUAGAUAAUGAGUCUCUACAUAUUGCGAGUAUAACUUUGGUGUCUGAUUUUGGGGAUUUGUUCCGAGAGGUUCCUGUAUUACCUCCAAGUAGGCAAGUGGAGUUCUGCAUCGAAUUUUAA